AGUGGUGGUAUACAAAAAUGAUUGCCUCAUUGACGUGAUCCUACUGCGUUUGAUAAUUAUCUAUCCUCUUUCAUCAAUGUUCUUUGUCUACUAUUUCGACGCAUUAAACUUGUUCGUGUUCGUACUUCGUAGUUCUGAUCAAGGCGCCAUUGAUGCAGGAUUAAGCAAAGCAAAAUACAGUACAGCAAUAGCAAAUCCAGAUUAUAACCUACACACGUUCAUUUACAUGAGUUAAUUGUGAACCUGGUGUUGUUUAUUUUGUUCUAAAAAGUGUUUCGUUUGAAUUAUUAAUUUCAAUUAUGGUAAUUUGUGUUUGAAUUGAAUAAAAAUGCCUGCAAAACAAAGGAAAAUAGCUAUCAUGGGCUAUAGGUCUGUAGGAAAAUCUUCACUAAGUAUACAAUUCGUAGAUGGACAAUUUGUGGAUUCUUAUGAUCCUACCAUAGAAAAUACCUUCAACAAAUCGAUGCGACUAAGAAGUCAAGACUACGAUUUGAAACUGGUUGAUACGGCGGGUCAGGAUGAGUACUCGAUAUUCCCAGCUCAAUAUUCGAUGGACAUCCAUGGCUACGUCCUCGUCUACUCGAUCACCUCAUCCAAGUCCUUCGAAGUUGUCCAAAUCAUCUAUGACAAACUGCUCGAUAUGACCGGAAAAAUUCAUGUGCCUAUUGUGCUUGUUGGCAACAAAACCGACCUCCAUCUUGAAAGAAUGAUAAGUGCUGAAGAGGGCAAAAAACUGGCUGAUACAUGGAAAGCUGCUUUCUUGGAAACUUCGGCUAAACAAAAUGAAGCUGUAGCAGAUAUCUUCCACACCAUGCUAUUAGAAAUAGAAAAGGCCAACGGAAACAUGCAAGAAAAAGCCAGUUGUGUUAUAUCUUGAACUCUUAGGUAAUAAUUAUCGGUUAAAUUAUGUUGUAAAUAUACUAUUGACAUAAGCUAAUUAUUUUUGUAUCCAAUUUUAAUUUUAUUUCUUUGCUCUAUUUUGUUACUUGGAUGUUUCAUAACCAAAGUGGGUUAUUUUGUAAUCAUAAAAAUGUUGAAUACUUAAUUAAUCAUACCUUACUAUACAUAACGUAAGCCGUUAUUAAUCUGAAUCUAUUGUUAUAACUGAUAUUUUUUCAUAAAAUUUCAAUCUAUCGAGUAUCCACUGAGCUUUAAUUUUGGAAGUCUUGAUUGAAAUUAUUUCCAGCCAUUAAUAAACCCGGUGUUGAAGCGCAAAGAUUGCACAAGUCUUAUUAUAAUUUAUUCGUUUGUUUCAUUUGCUGCAACUUCUAUAAUUAGGUGGCUGUCGGCGACCUUUAUGAAGGAUUAUUUUCUCAUAGAGUAUUUAAGGUUUUAAGAAACCGUGUCAUCCAUCUAAUGAUGCUCGAUGACAUUUGUGUAAUGUAUAGAAUGAUUUUAUUUUAUUCUUUAUUUGAAUGGAUUAUUCAUUGAUGCAAUACUAUGUAUAGUGAUUAAAAUUGUUAGAGAAUAUAAAAAGCUAGUAUACUGAAAAUUUGAUAUCAUUGCUGUACAUAAUGUCAAUCAUACACUGUACCUGUAUAUUAAAAAAAACUCAUAAGACAAAUACAAAUUUACAUUUAAUGGUUCUGGAAAAUAUAUUUUUCCAUUAAAAGUUGAGUUUAUUCUUAUAGAUUUGGUUCGUUUUUAUAAUUUAAUUUUGUUAUCUAGAACCAUAGAUUCUAGGAUCAAGAUUAUAAUCAAAUUCUUUCAGUAAUUUAAUUUAUUUUCAAAAUAUUAAUCCGAUUUAUUCUUAUUGAUAAUUAAUUUUAAAUAAAAAAAUAUUUAAUGAAAUAACUUAUGUUAUUCAAAAAAUAUAUACUCGUUAAGUUCAAAUUCAACAUUACGUUGACAUUAAGAGAUCGCCUUUAAGUUAGGUACUGACUUCAAUUCGGAUUCGGCCCUAAUAGAAGUUCUCAAGUCCUGUAAUGAGAAAUUUACCAUACUUGCAAUACACAGUAAUGGCAUCAUAUCUUUCAGUGUAUUUAUCGUGUAGGAUGUAAUAUAAGAUUUAUUUCCUGCAAUCGACAAUUUUAUUUAAUGUUGGAAAAUUGUAAGAGGAAAAUAUUGUAAUACCGAACACGAAGUGAAUUAUAUAUAAUUUUGAGAGUGUGUCGAAUAUAUUUUGUACUGUAAUAUAUUUGUUCAUACA